AUAUACUGAGUAUAACAGCUAUUCAACCCGAUCUCUACUCUCAUCCUUCUCCAUCUGUGCGCUUCCUCAUUGACAAACUCUGACGAAGCGUAUCUACUCAUUACCAAUACAUAAAUCAUGCAUCGUUUCUUAUCGAACAUUGCCUCCAAAGCCAGGGUUGCGAAAAACAGCUCCCAGCAGGUUUCUAGUAGGUUAGGCUGGAGCAGAAAUUAUGCUGCUAAGGAUAUUAGAUUUGGAGUGGAGGCUCGGGCCUUGAUGCUUCAGGGUGUAGAAGAACUUGCUGAUGCAGUUAAAGUUACUAUGGGUCCCAAGGGACGUAAUGUUGUUAUUGAACAAAGUUGGGGUGCCCCUAAAGUAACAAAAGAUGGUGUCACAGUUGCGAAAAGUGUUGAAUUCAACAACAAGGUGAAGAAUGUUGGUGCGAGCCUUGUAAAGCAGGUCGCUAAUGCUACUAAUGAUGUUGCUGGUGAUGGUACCACUUGUGCAACUGUCCUCACGCGGGCUAUAUUUGCUGAAGGCUGUAAGUCAGUUGCAGCUGGCAUGAAUGCAAUGGAUCUUAGACGUGGUAUCACCAUGGCUGUUGAUUCUGUGGUAACAAACCUGAAGAGUAGAGCACGGAUGAUAAGUACAUCAGAAGAAAUUGCACAGGUUGGUACAAUUUCCGCAAAUGGGGAAAGAGAAAUUGGCGAGUUGAUUGCAAAGGCUAUGGAGAAAGUUGGCAAGGAAGGAGUGAUCACAAUUCAAGAUGGAAAGACAUUAUUCAAUGAGUUAGAAGUUGUUGAGGGGAUGAAGCUUGAUAGGGGCUACAUCUCCCCAUAUUUUAUUACCAAUCCAAAGAACCAAAAAUGUGAGUUGGAUGACCCUCUUAUUUUAAUACAUGAGAAGAAAAUCUCAAGCAUAAAUGCUAUUGUAAAAAUCUUAGAGUUGGCUUUGAAGAAACAAAGAUCUCUCUUGAUUGUAGCUGAAGAUGUGGACAGUGAUGCCCUUGCAACUCUUAUUCUAAACAAACUUCGUGUUGGAGUCAAGGUUUGUGCCAUAAAAGCCCCUGGCUUUGGUGAGAACAGGAAGGCCAAUCUUCAAGAUCUUGCUACUUUAACUGGAGGCCAAGUCAUAACAGAAGAGCUUGGAUUAAACAUUGAAAAUUUGGAUAUGGAAAUGCUAGGGACAUGCAAAAAGGUCACUGUAUCAAAGGAUGAUACUGUUGUUCUUGAUGGUGCGGGAGAGAAGACAUCUAUUGAGGAAAGAUGUGAGCAGAUCCGAUCAGCUAUUGAAUUAAGCACAUCUGAUUAUGACAAGGAGAAGUUACAAGAAAGACUAGCUAAGCUCUCUGGUGGUGUGGCUGUAUUAAAGAUCGGAGGGGCCAGUGAAGCUGAGGUUGGUGAGAAGAAAGAUAGAGUUACUGAUGCACUAAAUGCCACCAAAGCAGCUGUUGAGGAAGGAAUUGUACCUGGUGGUGGUGUUGCUCUUCUCUUUGCCUCAAAAGAAUUGGAUAAGCUCCCAACAGCUAACUUUGAUCAGAAGAUUGGUGUUCAAAUUAUUCAGAAUGCCCUGAAGACACCAGUGCACACAAUAGCCUCUAAUGCUGGCGUAGAGGGAGCUGUUGUUGUUGGUAAACUUCUCGAGCAAGAUAACGCUGAUCUUGGAUAUGAUGCAGCAAAAGGUGAAUAUGUCGAUAUGGUUAAGGCAGGUAUUAUUGACCCGGUGAAAGUUAUAAGAACAGCCUUGGUUGAUGCUGCUAGUGUAUCUUCUCUCUUGACAACCACAGAGGCGGUGGUCGUUGAGCUUCCAAAGGACGAGAAGGAAACUCCAGCUGGUAUGGGCGGUGGCAUGGGCGGAAUGGGUGGUAUGGACUAUUGAUAGGAUCCAUAAUCCCCACCUAGUCAAGCUGCCUAAACACAUAAUUCUUUAACUCUCACAAAUAAAAGAAUCUAGGGUUCAUCCCAUUUUGGCAAAGACUAGAGGUGUUCCUGUAAUCUAGUAACAUAUCCAAACCAGACUUGAUGGUUUUCCAUGAUGAGGAAAUUGUAAUUUUUGUCCUUGACGGCUCGGAUUCUAAUUAUUCUUGUUAACAAAGCCUUUUACUCUGUUUCAAAGUGAAA